AUGGCUCAUUCUCACAGAACCAUUGAAACACCAUGCAAAACAUGCUAUGGUAUUGAUAUUUUAAACUGCGGUAAUGGGAUUUUUAAGUCUUGUUUUGAAAUAAUUGUCAUAAGAGUCUUCAGAGCGGCUAAAGCUGGUUCAUCUGUCACUAAAGAGUGCUGGAAGGAGACGGGCGAGGUGGCAGAGAGAGACAUCACACUUGUGGAUACACCCGGUCUGUUCGACACAGAUAUUUCAGAGGAGAAUCUCAAGCACGAGAUCAGUAAAUGUGUGAACAUGACGGCACCUGGACCUCACGCCAUCGUUCUGGUCAUUCAGCCGGGUCCAUUCACAGAGGAGGAGAGAAGGUCUGUGGAGAAGAUCAGAGCAAUCUUUGGAGAAGAAGCAGAUAAACACACGAUCAUCCUCUUCACUCACGGUGAUGAACUGACAGACAGCAUCGAGCAGACGCUGAGUGAAGCGCGACAUGAUUUAAGACACGUCAUAGAUCAAUGUGGAGGAGGAUAUCAUGUGUUUGACAACACAAACAUCAAUGAUCGCAGUCAGGUGGUUGAGCUUCUGGAGAAAGUUGAUAAGAUGUUGCUCGUGAAUGGAGACGAGUAUUACACCAGCGCCAUGUUUCACGGUGUUGAAGAGAUGCUUCGGGUCAAAGAGGAAGAGUUAAAGAAACACUACAGUCAGAUUAUACUGGACUUAACAGAGACGUUUAAUGAAGAGAAGAGAGAACUGCAGGACACCAUUGAAAAACUCAAACGAUCAGGGCAGGAAAAGGAUGUGAAAAUGAAACGGUUGGAGGUUUUAAUGAAGGAGAAAAUCUUGGCCGAGUCUAAGCGGCAUUAUGAGCAGAAACACAAGACUGCAAGACAGGAAGCAGAAGAGACGCAAAUGAAAGAAAACAUCCCAGAACAAAUCACUAAACUACGAAAGCUUCGUGUCUGACAUAUUUUACACUUCUCUUUGACUAAAAUUAGCAGCCACAAAUAUUAAUGAAAUUUAAUCUGUCAAGAUAAUGUCUUAUAGGCCUUCUUAAUAAUCAGCAUAAUAUACAUGAAUGUAAGUAGCCUAAAAUAAACACACCAACUUAAUCGAAGAAGAAAUAAUGAACAGGGACUUUAUGCAGA